AUGUCUACCUAUUCAACCAGUUCGAGAGACGCUUCGCGGGACCGUGCUGAGUCUCGAAUGGUGAAGCAUCAACACUCUUUCUCGGAGUCUGGCAGGAGCUCCGUGCCCAUGUGGGACAGUUCAGAUCCCGACAGAGCUCCUCCACCACUUCCAUUGAAUCCUGGUGUUCCAGGCAGCCCGAUUACAAGAUCUAACACGUCCAAACGUAUCGAUGAAGCUGCAGCUUUGAUUGCGGCCAGGGCGCGAGAGAAUGCGCCCAGUUCUUACACUGCGAAUCCCGCACCAAUUUCACCAGAACGUAUGAUCAUGCGAGCUCACAACAGACGAGCACAGAACGUCCUGAGCCCUGGCGGCAUCAGACUGAGCGACUCCCUGGAACGACGCUCGCCUGAUAAGGGCCUCAGAACCGCCAAGUUCGUGGACUUUGAAGACUUCCGCAGCAGCAGAUCCUCCGACCGUGGCCCAGUGCAACCCAGGUCAGAGACCCCAACACCCACAGACAGAGACACUUCAAGAACCAAAGAGAAUGAGAGUAUACAAUCCGCCUCCAAUAUGCUCGCAUUACAGACGGUCAGGACUAGGCAAGAUGCCGCCCCCCUCGGGAACAUCACAAACAGCGCACCGCCACCUGCGCAACCAUCGUUCUCGUUCGAUGCCCUGUCUUCUCAGCUACUCAGUCUGACAAACAUUGUCACCAAUGUGCAAAAGGAGAUGGCGAGCCUCAACAAACGAAGCAAAGACAACUACGGCGAUCUCAUGAGUUUGAAAGAGGCUACAACAUCCAGAGACGAGGAGAUUCGGAAGAGCCUGCGGGAACUUGUUUCGGGGCUUGAGAACAAGCUCAGCAAGCUUGACGCCCGACUGCUCCCUCCCCCGGAUACGAAUCGGUCGACAUCAAACAUGGGGCUCUAUAUCGACGACAAAGCCCAUAACGGCUCGCCACGGAAAAGCUUCGGCCUACCACACAUUGGAAGUCCUACGUCCUUUGCAGUCGCCAUCGAUCGGGAGUUGACUGCCUCGCCCUCUAUUGCUUGCGUUGAUGGGGCGGCAAGCAUCGCUCUACUGGAGAAGGUUCUUAGGGAGAUGGCCACCCGUGACGGCCAAGACAAGAUCAUGAGCACACUAGAGGCGGUGAAAUCCCAGGCACUUGUCCGUUCGCAAUCAUCACCAUCCACGCUAGACCCCACCAUGAUGGCGAAGCUGGAGGACAUCCUGAUGUUAAUGAAGGAGCUCAAGGAGGAAUCAGGCUCGAAGGCCCUGGUGCGCUCAGGAGCGGUCGAAACUGGCAAAUCUGCUUCCAAUCUUGACCUCUACCUUGAUGGAGACUCCAAGGCCCCGGGGUUGGCCAAGACGGCCUCUGACUCUGUCAGCGACGAGAUUACGAAGACGCUUAAGAGUGUGAAGCAAUCCCUGGCUCAAGGUGGUGGCCUCACCAAUGAAGUCAAAGUCCUCGUCCGUGAGUUGCGAGGUGAAGUGCUUGGGAUGGGUCGCGAGCUUGGAAGAAAACUGGAACAGUCACUCGUCACAGACAAAGGGAGCGCCAGCCAAAAUGAACUCGCUGUCCGUGAUGAGAUUGCGGCGAUUGUGCAUCAAGGCCUCGCAGAACUCAAGGAGCAUAUGCAUCGCAUCGUGCAGGAGAACAGGCGCCGCUCUCUGGAAAAGCUUCAACCACCCGUCGACACUCAGGAAAUCAUCCAGGCCGUCCAGGGUGUUCUUGCCACAUUCCCACGCCCACGCGAAGAGCCUCCAAGAGAUCCAGCUGCUGAGAAGGAAGAACUCAUCGCUGCAGUGAGAGAAGCAUGGGAGGACUGCAAGCCGGAGAUUGCACUGGAACAUUUCGGACUGGAGCGAGAUGAGAUUUUGGAGACACUCAAAGAGGGCCUCAAGUCAUAUCAGCCUCAACAGUCCACUUCAAAGGACAUUGGUGCCACCUACGAAGACGUACUUGAAGCUGUCCGCAAGGGACUAUCGGAAUUGAAAAUGCCAGAGUUAUCUAUACCGGCUAUGCUCUCUCGGGAAGACGUCGAAGUGGUCGUGCGACAAUGUCUGGAGAGUUUUGAGUGGCCCAGUCCGCGUCUUGCUGAAGGCGGCGACAGUGACCUGAGUCGAGACGACGUUUAUCAGGCUAUUCGCGAAGGUCUGGCCCAACAGGAUCAGACGACCAAGGACUACGUCCUCGAUGUAGUAAGGGAGGCCCUCCCCACUCAAGAACCCAUUUCCAAGGAAGUGGAGUUCAAUCGUGAAGACCUGUUCGAUGCCAUCAGAGCCUGCCUUGAGGGUGAACAAAACCCACUGGGUGGAAUGGGUGAACGAGUAGUCGAAGCCAUGCAUGAGUUCUUGGGGAGCAUGAAAACCGAGUUCCAGCAAUACUCUGCCGCCAGCGGAAAGGACACCGAGCAGGUACUCGACGCUCUCAAGGACGGUCUCGAAGACCUCAGAGCGGAGAUCGAAAGUUACGUCGACCGAGCCGCAGACGUGACCGGAAAGGACGAAAUUAUCGACACUGUCAAAGCUGGCUUUGCCGCAAUGCAAGCGGACAUUGAAAAAGGCUUCAACAUUCACAACAGUGGAGCACCCAACACACCUGAGCUCCUCGACGCCAUGGAGAAGGAGUUUGAACAUCUCCGCGAGACAAUCAGCAAGAGCGCUGCGCGAGAUAAUGCUCUCUCCGACAAGGACGAAAUCCUAGAUGCAAUUCGAGACCUGUCUGACGACAAGCAAUCAGCCUUGAGCAGCAACAGCGAGGACCUUGUUCGUCUGGUCAAGGACGAGCUGGAACACAUGCGGACGACCCUCGCAGGUACACUCAUCAAGAGCGGUUCCUCACUGAACCGCGACGAGGUUCUCGAUGCUAUCCGCGAAGGACUAGAAUGUACCCGAUUAGAGCCCAAAGCGGACGGCAACGAAAGCAUUCUCUCCAACACAAGUGAAUUGCUCGAUGCUUUCCAGGACGGUGUCGAUGGUAUUAGGGCAGACAUUCAGAAAUUGACCGACCGCCCUGUGGAUUUGAGCACUAGUUACGAAAUUCUCGACACGCUGAAGACCGGUAUCGAGGAAGUGCGGGCCGACAUUGCACGUCUUCAAGAUAAGCAAAACGAGAACUCCGAGAGUGGGACUGCCAGAGGUCAGGAGAUGGUAAUCCACGAUGAAAACCGCAUCUCCUCCGAGAUAGAAGGUUUAAAGGUCAUGAUUACCCAGUUGAGAAUCAAAAUAGACGCACUGGAUGGAAUGCCUGCGCCGCCGGCCCCAACAGAGGCACGUAUUCACAAAGACGAUCUUAAUGAGAUCUAUGAUGCGAUUCACGGGGUGGAGGAAUCCGUUGAACGGUCCAAGCAAGCUGAGAUUCAUGUUCACAAGGACGACCUCGACGGCUUAUACUCGGCAAUUAGCCAGGUCAACGUCGCAGUCAACCACAUCCGCGAAGCUCCGCCACCCGAAGCGAUUAUACCCGAGAAUGCAGCCUCCAAGGAAGAUACUGAUGCGAUCGAGACCUUACUGCGCAACGUCAAAGCCAAGCUGGAUGAAGCCAUUGACCCAGACACCAGCAUGUUUGCUAGGUCCACCCAGAUCGAGGCAGUCGAGGCCACUAUGAACGAAAUCAAAAGUGCUGUGGAAGCAUCGACCUCACGUGCUGGCGAAGAGUCUAUCAGAGAGGAAUUCACCCUGAUCGAGCUCAUGUUGAAAGACGUCCAGAACAACAUUGAGGAGUUGAAGUCGAAAGUUGACAGCAUCCAACCUGCGGAAGACGGUGCCGAUAAGAUCGAGCUACAGGUUGUGGAGUCAUUGUGCCUAGACAUCAAAGGCCAAAUCGAGGCUAUCAAGGUCCCAGAUCUCGAAGGGAUCCCAAACAAGGACGACUUUGUAGAUCUCAAGAACCAGCUGAAAGCCUUUCAUGAACAAUUCGAGGCCGAUAACAGCCUCACUGCUCAGGCUUUCGAGGCGCGGAAAAUUGAGCAUGGCGGACUUGCAACCAAGAUUGAUGACGUGAAGAACAUCAUUGGUGACCUGCGCGACGAAUUAAUUGGCAAGGUGGACGGCAGUGCAGACGGCAUAGUGGAGCUGAACAAAGUGCUUGGUAUGCAUCACGAUGACAUGAGUAAGUAUGCUACGGCAUCCAGCAUUGCAGAGAUGUCGGAGAUGAUUAAGGGCGAGCUUGAACGACAUAUGGAACACCAUUCGACCAUCAAAGCCGAGAUGGAGGAGCGAGACGCUACGCUGUUCACCAAACACGAAGAGACGGGUGUGGAAAUCAAGUCCACCAUUGAAGAUAAAUUCAACGAGCUGAUGUCUAAAUACGACGAUGCACAGCUUGCAAGUGAUGCCAAGUUGAGUGCGCUUGAGGAACGGGAUGCGGCGCACCUUGAAGCCACCAGCGGCACAAAAGCUGUGGUCGAUGAUCUGAGGUCUUUGAUGGACACGCUCGGUUCAACGGUGACGGAAACAUGUGAGCGUGUUUCCGAGGACUCCAAGACUGUCUUCAGUUCGAUUGAAGAGUCCAACUCCAAAUUGGAUGGGCUUCGAACAGCAAAUGCGUUCGAGCAUGGCGUGACGCGGGAGGAAAUAGCCAAAGCACUUGCGACAGUGACAAGACUGGAGAGUUCAGUGGCAGACCACCACCCGGUGGUUUUAGCGGCCAUUCAGGAAGUGUUGGGCGUGGUAAGCCAGCACUAUGAGCACUCCCAGCAACAGACGGAGAGCUUUGCUCGAGUGACGGAGGAGAUCAAAUCUGGCGUCGAUUCAAUUCCGGCGGCUAUUCCUCCUUUGCUGCCAGCCUUGCCGUCAGCCCCCUCGAGCCCAAUCCAGCCGGAAAUAACAACCCAGAAAGAAUACGAUGACAGCGAAGUCCAACAAAAGCUUGACAGUCUACUCGCUCAAGCGACUGAGGCCAAGGAGUUUUUCCAUGGUAUUGAAAGUCAUCAAAGAGACACUCAGGCCUCCUUGGCCAAUUUGUCCAAACUUGACGAGAUCCAUCAGCAGGUGAUGUCCACGGCGGCUGAGAUUGCGAACAUGGUCUCCACCCAGACGAGACUAAUGGCCGAACAUCAUGACUCCAAGGCCGCUGAAGCCAGAGAAGCUGCCAUCGCGCUGGAGAAACGAACAGCGCAGAAGGAGAAGGUUGAGGCGGAGAUCGUGGCCAUGAAUCAGGAGAAGAAUGCCUUACUGCACUCGAUGGCAAUGCUAAAGCACGAACAGGAGGAGCUCAUUGGACAAACCAAGAGGUUGACUCGCGACGUGGCGAAGUUGGAGACGGCCUUGCAGAUUCGACAGGAAGAGAUGCGGGAGAUGAAUGCCCGGGCAGAAGUCCUUGAACGGCGUAUAAUCGAGGGUCUGGUCAAUCAGGCACGUUCGGUGAAGACGAGCUCGAAGCCAAUGCGCAGAGCCCGAAUUACGCCAGCCGAAAGAGACGCAUCCAUGAGUCUGAAAAGAGUACCCAGCACCACCAGCACGGUGACCGCCAAAACUUCCAUCAAGAGUGGGAAUUCUGCCAUUGGCAACGCCGUGGGCAUGGCUCUUAAAAAGCGAACGCCGUAUGGAGCCAAUGUAAAAGUGUCUGCGACUCCAAGAACAUCAGCCGUUGAUCGUCGAAUACUCAGCACAAGCCACGUCACGGGCAAUCGAGGGCGGAAUACACCUGAAAUGACAAUGGUGCUCGCUCCUGUGCCCAAAUCCACGGGUUUUGCCAGCCUCAAGAGAAGCCAGUCGGUGAAGAGCAACCCCAGCAGUUAUCUCAACGGGCGCAAAGCAAGCUGGAACGGGGUUUCUUCCGAUUUGACAGACAAGGAGAACUUUAGUGUCGAUUAUGAAAAUAGCGAGGACGAAGACGACAUGGGCACCGACGCGGGUACCGAGAGAAGGGGCAGCUACGGCACGAGUGUCAUGUACAGUGACAGCAUGACGUACGGGAGCGGAAGCUCCUUAAGUGGACAUAGCAGACGUUCGACCAGCUGUGCAAGCAGUCUUGUCGGAACGGUCAAUGGGCAGACUGACAGCAUUGCAGAAGAGGAGGAAGGCGAGACACAGGAGGCGCAGACGGCCGUUGUCUUACACGACAGUGCCCCUGACGGUAGCCAGAUCAACUCCGGUCAGGACAAUUCGAUGGCGCUUACGUCCUUUGAGGGCCUUGAGACUCCUGGGGUGGCGGCUGAUAACCUCUCUGACCUUCAGCCACCGCCGCUCAUCACUGCGGAAGGGCUUAAGUAUCAUGGCAGUGAUAGUGGCCUCGGAAGCGAGCCAUUGACCGCGGGCACACAGGAGCAUAUCGGUGAAGCGCAGGAAUACUUCCAGAUGACGGCGCAGGAGACGCAGACGUGA